GGCUUCUUUGCAAAAACAUCAAUCUUGACCAAACUAGGGCUUUAAUCACCGUUUCGAGCUCCCAAAAUCCUCUGCCCCAAUGGCGGAAUCCAUUUGCAGAGCACUCCGAGAUGGUGCGCUAGAGGGAGAGCACGCGCCGGCUCUCACCAUUAGGGACUCCUUAGCCUCACCUUUCGGGUUCGAUGUCUUCACUCACGUCCUCACCCAGCUCUCCUCCAACAUUUUAGCAGGAAAAUCCCAGUCCGGUGGUCUCGUGCUCGUCGCUUUCACUCGGAGCCCAUCGUUUUAUAUGCGUUUGUUGAAGAUGAGAGGAAUCGAUGUUGCUUCAUCCCGGAAGUGGAUCCAGAUUUUGGAUUGUUAUACGGAUCCUCUUGGUUGGAAGGACAGGCUUGUGGACUCCGGAAAUAUUACUUCUCUUUCUAAGGAAGCUUCCACCGGAGAGAGUUCGUGUAAGAACAUUAAGGAUAUGGCCAAGUUGUUCACGUCAAUUAUUGAGCUGGGGAAAGGAUUAGUUGGACAAGGCAAAGUUCGUUUUUGUGUUGCCAUAGACACGGUUGAUGAAAUCUUACGACAUGCAUCUAUAUCAUCAGUAUCACGCCUUAUAAGCAAUCUUCGAAGCAAUGAUCAGGUUUCAAGUAUCUUUUGGUUGUUACAUUCAGACCUUCAUGAAGACAGGGUUGCUGCUGUUCUUGGGUAUAUGUCCUCUAUUGUAGCCAGCAUAGAACGAUUAAAUCAGUCUGCUAAUGGACAGAUAUGCAAUUCGGAGAACCUCUCUCUCCUUGAACGUAACUAUUGGAACGGGAAGCUUCAUGUCCGGUUCAAGCGCAGAAAUGGGCGCGUUCGAGUGAUGCAAGAAGAAUUUCAUGUUGAGCAGUCAGUCAUCAGCUUUACAACCCUUUCACCUGGAGAUGAAUUAAUCAAUCGAAGCCUUAUGCCAAAGAAGUCCAACUACCUGAGCUCCAACACACAUCAUGGUCACUCCACUGCCCAAAUUAUCCAAGUAGGUACCCAGGUACAAUUCAGUCUACAGCUGUCAGAGAAGGAGCAAAACGAUAGGGCUAAAGUUGUACUUCCUUUCGAGCACCAAGGAAAUGGUAAGCCCAUAAAAAUAUAUGAUGGCCGGAGGUCUCUUGAAGAUAGCCAGGAUGAGGCAACAUCUGUUUCAACCGGAGCAUUGGAAACAGUUGAUAAUUCAAGCAAGGGUGAGAUAAUAUAUCUGCGUGAUUCAGACGAUGAGAGGCCAGAUUCUGAUGAGGACCCUGACGAUGAUUUAGAUAUAUAAUUGUGUUGCACCUUUUGUUUGUGAUCUUGGAGGGCGAGAGUGCCACGUGUUGUUGAUGCAUGUGGCUACCGGAUUGGUUGGACAAGGCAAAAUCUGUGUCCUGACUCCUGUAUUUUACUCAGUCAAGCCCUGAUACACAGGGUGGAGAAUGUCCUCGGUCACCUUGACCGGAGGCUGUGGUAAUGAUGUUUCUCUAGCAUAUGCAUCGAAGAGAACCCAUGAUUUGGUGGAGGGGCUUCGGAUAGAAAUUCUCAAGGCUUGUUCUUCUAUUCCUGAUCAUCAUGGAGUGAAAUCGUCAUUAAGGGAUUACAUAUAUUUGUAUUGAAACUUUCUGGAAAUAUAUCUUAUUCGGAUUCAGCAUUUAGAGCUUUAUCUUCUUUUUCCCA